AUGGAGCCCGGCGCGCCGCCGCCGCCGGCCCUUGGCGUGGACGAGGGCAUUGCCGUGGCCUUCGUGGUGCUCAUGUGCCUCUUCCUGCUGGCCAUGGCGGUGCGGUGCGCCCGGCUGGUGGUGGACCCCUACAGCGCCAUCCCCGCCGCCACCUGGGAGGAGGAGCAGCUCGGCUGA